AUGCCCCCAUUGGCAGCAAUUAAGGCAGUGGAGGCAGGUGUAGCUGGGAUAAUUGUCUCGAAUCAUGGAGCUCGACAGCUAGAUUAUAGUCCAGCCACGAUAUCGCCUUCGGAAGAGGUUGUUCAUGCAGUCAAAGGGAAAGUCCCUGUUUUUGUUGAUGGAGGAGUGCGGCGAGGAACAGAUGUUUUCAAGGCAUAUUGGCCCUUGGGGGCACAAGCGAUCUUGAUAGGAAGGCCUGUAGUAUAUGAGUUGGCGGCAAAAGGGGAAACUGGAGUUAGAAGGGUCACUGAGAUGCUGAAGCAUGAGCUCGAGCUUACGAUGGCACUAUCUGGAUGUCCCACCAUAAAGGAUAUCACCAGGGGCCAUGUCAUAACAAACCGCGAGAGACUUCGUUCCUCUCUCUAAAUUCACGCUGCAGCAUCCAUGAAAAUAAGAUUCACAUAGUCAAAUGGACAAUACCCUUGUUGUAUUAUCGCUUCUAGUUUGCCAUGUUAUGUAAUUAGUUGUGAUGUUUCAUUAUCAAAAAUAAAAUUG